AUGCCCGACGUCGAGAACGCCGUCCCCGUGGCCGCACCACCGGCCGAGGGCGCGGGCGGCGACGCUGCGGGCGGGAGAACCGGCGCGGUGGGCGCCGUGCUGCGGCGGUGGCGGACCCAGGACCUCCUGGACCGGUCGGGGUCCGCGCUGCGCGCCGGGGCGUGGGCGCUCUCCCUGAUGGCGUUCCUCGUCAUGGCCUGCAACGAGCACGGGGACUGGAGGCAGUUCGAUCGCUACGAGGAGUACAGGUACAUCGUUGCCAUCGGUCUGCUGGCCUUCGUCUACACGACGCUGCAGCUCCUCCGGCAUGGCGUCCGCCUCACCGGCGGCCAGGACCUGCAGCCCAAGACCGGCCUCCUCGUCGACUUCGCCGGGGAUCAGGUGACCGCCUACCUGAUGAUGUCGGCGCUGUCAGCUGCGAUCCCGAUCACCAACCGCAUGCGCGAGGGCGCUGACAAUGUGUUCACCGACUCGUCGUCGGCGUCCAUCAGCAUGGCCUUCUUCGCCUUCGUCUGCCUGGCGCUCUCCGCCAUCAUCUCCGGCUUCAAGCUCGCCAAGCAGACAUACAUCUGA